GACGCUGCAUGCCAAACUGCGAGCCAAAUCGAUGCUGUACCAAACUGGUUGUUGCAAAGGCAGUAUUCAAUCACGUAAUUUCUUUAAUGAAUGCCACCUCACUCUCUUCACUGGUGUUUAAUACCCUAUUUUGCCUGGGGAUUUUCUCUCUUUACUGCUGCUCUGAGACCAUCUCAGGAGAGGAGCCGCAUUGAACUUGAAGCCGAGAAAACUGUAGUGCACGCUCCAAAGGCGCGUAAUCAAGCAUAGUGGAGCUGAUGUUCAAAGGGAGGCGCCACCUAGUUCCCAGAAUGAAGCCCAAACGCUGUGCUAUUGCGGAAUUUCCUCUCUCUCCUUCUCUCCCGGGGUCACAGGGGACAUCGUCUUUUCAUGCGAGGAACGCUGUCGACUGUAUAAUGUAUUCAUCCCCCACAACGUUGAAAAACAGAGCCCUCCGUUUCCAUAUAAAACCCUUCUCGUCCUAACCUCUUUCAGACGCCUCCUUCCUCUAUUCCUUCCUUCUAUCGCCAACCAUCCCUUCAAAGCUCAAAAGCUCCCCACCUUCCUCAGCCCUUUAUCGUCAAUCAUCUUUACUUCUCGUUUAAUUUACUGUUUCAUACAUUCUCCGUAUUCCCUCAAAAGAAGGGCCUCCUUGACCCAAAAUCCAAUUCCCGCAUUAACUUUUUUUUAAGCAGGCUCUCUUGGUUUUCGCGUAUUUGAUUGUCUCUCUCUCUCUCUCUGAGAUUGCGUCGCGACUUUACCUGCAACAUGGUCCAGUAUCACCGCUACCUUGCGCCGAAGAAGGGUGGUGAUUUCCCAAAAGAUGGCAUCUUUGAGUCCCACGGUCUUAACUUGGAUUUCUCCACCUCUUCUUACUGCAAGAGAAUCAGGCCCAACUCCUUCCCUUUCUUGUUUCUCGCUCUUCUCUGUUGCUGCUUUGUGCUGGCUCCUCUUUUCUUUGGCUCUUGUUUCACUUUCUCUCUCCUCUAUUCCCCUGAAGCUGAAAAUGAUAGCUCCUCCAUGCGGUUGUCUGCAAAUGCUUCUUCGUGCUCUUCAGUUUCAAAUGGAGGAAUCAUAUAUUGUGAUAGAAGCGGUUAUCGUUCUGAUAUCUGUAUAAUGAGAGGAGAUAUAAGAACACACUCUGCUUCCUCGUCGGUAUUCCUUUUCAACUCAAGAAGGGAGAAUUUUGAAGGCAGCAAAGAUGAAGCUCAGGAAUCCCAACACGAAAGGAUCAAGCCGUACACUCGAAAAUGGGAAACGAGCAUCAUGAAUCUCAUCGAUGAAUUGCGCCUAACAUCGAGGACAGAAAAUUUGGGAACGGAUCAUGGUUGUGAUGUUCAGCAUGAUGUUCCAGCAGUGUUCUUCUCCAAUGGGGGAUAUACAGGCAACGUCUAUCACGAGUUCAACGAUGGAAUCAUACCUUUGUACAUUACUUCCCAGCAUUUGAACAAAAAGGUUGUGUUUGUGGUUCUUCAAUACCAUAAUUGGUGGAUGUUGAAGUACAAAGAUAUUCUUUCUCAAUUAUCAGAUUUCCCAGUCAUCGAUUUCAACAGGGACAACCGGACCCACUGCUUCCCAGAAGCCAUUGUUGGUCUAGGAAUCCAUGAUGAGUUGACUGUGAACCCUGUAUUGAUGGAAGGUAACAAGAGUAUUGUUGAUUUUAGAAACCUCCUGGAUCGCUCCUACUGGCCUCGAAUCAAAAGCUUGAUUCAAGAAGAGGAAAGGGAAGCUCAGGCCAAGGUUAGAGAAAGAGUGCAAGAAGAAAAUCAAUGGGAGAAACCCAAAUUGGUUGUUAUCUCAAGAACUGGGUCAAGAGCAAUAACUAACGAGAAUUUGAUGGUGAAAAUGGCAGAGGAAAUUGGGUUCCGAGUGAAAGUUCUAGGGCCUGAUAAAACAACCGAACUGGCAAAGAUUUACAAGGCAUUGAAUGAGAGUGAUGUGAUGAUUGGUGUUCAUGGGGCUGCUAUGACUCAUUUUCUGUUCUUGAGACCUGGUUCUGUGUUUAUUCAAGUGGUUCCUUUGGGUACCACAUGGGCAUCAGAAACUUAUUAUGGAGAGCCUGCUAGGAAAUUAGGAUUGAAGUACAUAGGCUAUGAAAUUCAUCCCAAAGAGAGCUCUUUGUAUCAGAGAUACCAGGAGAACGAUCCUGUUCUGACAAACCCAAGAAGCAUUACAAAGAAAGGGUGGGAAUACACAAAGAAGAUCUAUCUAGACCACCAAAAUGUCACAUUAGAUCUCACAAGAUUCCAGAAAAGGCUGCAUCGUGCGUAUGACUACACUGUGUCAAGAUUAAAUCUGCAUAGUCGACAUUAAAUUUCAUCCUUCGUGUUCAUUCUUUGAUCUUCACAAUUCACAUUUCAAAGUCUUGUAUUCUUGUGCAUAGGGAAACACAGAGUUUCCUUCUGUUGUAAAUGUGCGUACAGUGGAAAUCCAAACAUUUAAUAAUAAAUAAAAUAACAAUAUGAUCUGGAACAGCA